AUGAAGAAGUCUAUCAAUAUUUUUAUCUUUCUGUCUCUCUAUCUAUUUCUCCCCCAUCUAUCUGUCUUUGUGUAUGUGUCUUUCCCUAUCUCUCUAUCGAGGUUUAUCUUUCUCUUUGUAUAUGCCUCUCUCUAUCAAGGUUUAUCUUUCUCUUUGUAUAUGCCUCUCUCUAUCAAGGUUUAUCUUUCUCUUUGUAUAUGCCUCUCUCUCUAUCUAUCUAGGUUUAUCUUUGUAUGUCUCUCUCUCUCUCUCUGUCUAGUUAUUUCUUCCUUCCUCAAUCUCUCUGUAUCUAUCUAUCUCUCUCUGUAUCUAUCUCUCUCUGUAUCUAUCUAUCUCUCUCUAUCUAUCUAUCUCUCUGUAUCUAUAUCUCUCUGUAUCUAUCUCUCUCUCUCUAUCUCUCUCUCUCUCUCUAUUAUAUCUCUCUCUAUGUAUCUCUCUCUGUAUUCUAUCUCUAUCUCUCUCUCUCUCUCUGUAUCUAUCUCUUAUUUCUAUUUAAAUGUCUCUCUCUCUCUAAAUAUCUCUGUAUCUAUCUCUCUCUAUUUCUCUCUCUCUAUCUCUCUCUCUCUCUAUCUCUCUGUAUCUCUGAUUAUAUCUCUCUCUCUCUCUCUGUCUAUCUCUAUCUAUCUCUCUCUAUCUAUCUCUCUCUCUAUCUCUGUAUCUCUCCUCUGUAUCUUCUCUCUCUCUGUAUCUCUCUCUCUCUUUAUCUCUCUCUUAAUAUCUCUCUCUCUCUGUAUCUCUCUCUCUCUGUAUCUCUCUCUCUCUAUCUCUCUCUCUCUGUAUCUAUCUCUCUCUCUAUCUCUCUCUCUCUCUCUCUCUCUAUCUAUCUCUCUAUUUAUCUAUCUCUGUAUUUUUCUCUCUCUGUAUCUAUGUACUCUAAAACUCUCUCUCUAUCUAUCUAUCAAUCAUCUCUCUCUGUAUAUCUCUCUCUGUCUCUCUCUGUAUCUAUCACUCUCUCUGUAUCUCUCUGUAUCUAUCACUCUCUCUGUAUCUCUCUGUAUCUAUCACUCUCUCUGUAUCUCUCUGUAUCUAUCUCUCAAUAUCUGUUUCUGCAAUGAUAAUCUGCUUAGUUCUUCCUUCUCCAUUUUACUACUUAUCAUCUUUCCCUUUCUCUCUGUUUCUACUUUUCCUCUCUCUCUCUCAUCUCUUGCUCUUCUCUAUCUCUCUCUCUCUCACUGUUUACUCUUUCGCUCUCUCUCUCACUGUUUACUCUUUCGCUCUCUCUCUCACUGUUUACUCUUUCGCUCUCUCUCUCACUGUUUACUCUUUCGCUCUCUCUCUCACUGUUUACUCUUUCGCUCUCUCUCUCUAAAAUAUCUAAAUUUUCGCUCUCUCUCUAAUCUCUAUUUUACUUUUCUCUCUCUCUCACUGUUUUCUCUUUCGCUCUCUCUCUCUCAAAUUUUCGCUCUCUCUCUCUCUCUAUCUCUUACCAGGCUCUCUCUCUCUCUCUGUUCUUUCUCCUCUCUCUCUCUCAGAUGUUAUUUUACUCUCUCUCUCUCUCUAAUCUGUUUACUUUUUUCGCUCUCUCUCUCUCUCUCUGAGACUGUAACUCUCUCUCUCUCUUUCUUUUACUCUGAUGAGAUUUUCUCUUUCCUCUCUCUCUCUCUCACUGUUUACUCUUUCGCUCUCUCUCUCUCUCACUGUUUACUCUUUCGCUCUCUCUCUCUCUCAACUGUUCUUUUUCUCUCUUCUCUUGAACUUUUUUUCUUUCUCUCUCUCUCUCACUAUUUUUCUAAAAUUCUCUCUCUUAAAAAAAUUUCUGCUCUCUCUCUCUCUCUCUGGCAAACUGAUUCUCUCUCUAUUUUUUUUUUCUCUCUCUCUCUCUCUCUCUCUCUAUUUUUAAAAUCUUUCUCUCUCUACAUCUGUGUUUACUUUUUCGCUCUCUCUCUCUCACUGUUUGAACAUAAAAAAAAAAAUCUAAAAAAAAAUUUCUUUCUCUCUCUCUCUCUCUGUCUAAAAUUUGCUCUCUCUCUCUCUCACUGUUUACUCUUUCGCUCUCUCUCUCUCUCACUGUUUGAGAAAAAAAUUUGUUUUACUCUUUGCUCUCUCUCUCUGACUGUUUUCUUUUCUAUAAAAUCUCUCUCAAUCUAUAUUUCUCUCUUAAACUCUCUCUCUCUCUCACUGUUUUCUCUUUCUCUCUCUCUCUUUCUCUCUCUCUCUCUCUCCUGUUUACUCUUUAUUCUCUCUCUCUCUCUGUUUUGGGCCAGUUUUUCUCUCUCUCUCUUGAUUUUUUACUCUUUCUCUCUCUCUAACGAAUCAUGUUCUCUUCAGUUUAUCUUCUCUCUCUUUAAAUGGAAACUCUUUCUCUUUCUCUCAUUUUAUUUACACAAACAAAGAUAUCAUACCAUUCUCUCUCUCUCACUGUUUACUCUUUAA